AUGGCUCAAGCCCAAAAUCCAAUUGCCCUGAUUAUGCUUAUUGUCGUCAUAAUCUGGGUUAUCUUCCCCGACGGCGACUACUCAAGCCAGUCUCUCACUCUCUCCGACAUCGCCGCAGAGAGACUCGAUAAUUUCCAGGAUGCCCUCGACGUAUUGAACGCUUCGCACUGGGGCGACUUCUCACCAGCUCCGAAGGAGGGAUCCAAGGCGAAGUCUUCUUUUCUCAACUUGACAGGUUUUCGUGCGGAAGACGGACUCUCAUGGGGUGACCUGAAAAAGUUCCGUGAGAGAAGCCUGGCGUUCAGUCGACAUGCGGUUGUAGAGCAUGACUUAUGGGACGCGGGACAAGGUGAACCUAUAUGGAUGAAUGCGUCAGGAACUGUUCACGGGGACUGGGUAAGAAAGAAAGGCACCGUCUACAGAGGCUAUGACAGUUACAAUCUGAGCAAGAUUGCUCCCGGCAUGGACUGGACUGGUGAUAAUGCUCCUUGGGCGCGCAAUAUUACCGGGCGCAGUGGGCGUAUGACGUUACGUCUCGAAGGGAACAAAACAAUCCACGAGUAUGAGCAACUUCCAGCUCAAAGUGGCGUACCCGUCGCCGGAGGUGUCAUUCGUAGUGUGAAAGGCACUAUAAACAUCGAAGACACAUAUGGCUCAGGUCAUGAUUGGGAAAUGAGGCUAUGGGGUGUUCAUUGGCCUCGGCAGGGCGUCAUUCUCAUGACCACAACCAGCGAGAAGUUUGAAGGCCUCUUCGGCCUGCCGCAUCUGACGCCCACUCAAGAUUUCUUCCAGUCUAGCCAGAGGCUGCUGAAUGAGUCAAUCGCUCGCACUAUCGCAAGGAAGAGGGAUAAUAUUUACGCAGACCAGACAGUCCCAUGGACUUCAGAUCUGGAUAGCCCUCUCUACACCACCAACCCAUCGCCGCACUGCGAGUACAUCAUAUAUGCGCAGGUUUACCCACCCAGCCGGAGCCACUUCAAUCUCGGCCAGAAGCAAUCAUCCAGGGACGCCUUAGAGUCGGUCAUUGGCGCCAUCGAAUCAGAGUUGCAGUCGCCUGUAGGCGCUCCUAUUCCCAAGGUCCCCAAACUUCAAAUGUCGGCCGUCAUCUACUCUCCAGACUGCGGAUUCUUUAUUGAGACAAAGGGCCCGCCAGAUUUUGGUCCAAGUGAAGCUCAACAUCUGACAGGCAUGAAGAUGGAGGUUCAAGUGUACCGGGUCAAAGCAUGGAUUCUAAUCUAUGCAGUAGUCAUCUUUGCUCAGGUCACCCUGCUGAAGAACCAGAUGCGUGAGUCCUACACUCCUUCAACAUUGGGCCGAGUGAGCUUUUGGACAAUCAUUAUGAUGCUCAUGGUCGACGGCAUUACUUUUAUUACUGCGGCUACCUGGGUGUCUUCUGCCGGUGCUACCUUUUUGCCCACCCUGGCCCUUCAGUUCGCCGCCUUUCUAUCCAUGACGAUUGGUGGAAGCUUUCUGGCUAGGGUCCAUGAAGUUCAGAUCCCUGAAGCUCGGCCUCGUCGAGAACGGGAGCAAAAUGGAAGCAGUCCAGGUGAUAGCUCUAGUACUGCGACGCCGAAUACGACCGGCUCUGCUCCACUCUUGCCCGGCCCCGUAACGGCGCACCAACCGGCCGGACCGCCGACCCAGUUGCAGCCCGUCAUUGUCCCGUCCGAUCAAGAUAUUGACGCUGAGAUUGCCGCUUCAGCAACUGCAGUCCCUGGUGCGGCAACAGCACAACGUGCUGAGGAGGUCCCCCAAUCCUUCCAGAGCAUCAUGGGACGCCUCAUCCUCUUCUCUCUCUGCAUCAUAUUUCUUAUUGUAUCCUCCUCCACAUGGUAUCCCAACCUACGAUCCCUCUUUCUGAACUUGUGCAUCUUCGUUUAUCUCUCCCUGUGGGUUCCCCAAAUCCACCGCAACACCCGUCGGAACUGUCGUCGGGCCCUUGGCUGGCGCUUUGUUAUCGGCCAGUCCAUUCUGCGUCUCCUACCUGUAGCCUACUUCUGGGUCAAAGAAGACAACUUCCUCUAUGCCCGCACCGACCGUCACGCUUUCAUGGUCUUUUGUGCUUGGCUUUGGAUUCAGCUUGUUAUUCUUGCUGCACAAGACAUCAUCGGCCCCCGUUUCGGCAUCCCUGCUGGUUGGGCCCCUGACGCCUGGGACUACCAUCCUGUUCUUCGUGAAGACAGUCUCGAAGCUGGCGGUCUUCCAAUUGGUCUCGUUGCCGACGACACGCCUGGUAUCGACCGUGCUCGUUCCUCAGGUGACGAUGGCAAUAAGAAGCAAGGCUCCACGAGGAGUAUCGACUGCGCCAUCUGCCGUGAGGUUCUUGAGGUACCGGUACUUACAGCCGAGGAUGAGGACACAGGGGUUUCAGGCGUCUUUGCUCGUCGCUUGUAUAUGGUCACACCUUGUCGACACAUAUUCCAUAGCGCCUGUUUGGAAGGUUGGAUGAAGUUCCGACUUCAGUGUCCCAUAUGUCGAGAGGAGCUACCACCACUAUAA